UCUCAUCAAAUGCAUGAACAAUAAUGAAAAAAGUUAAUUGAGUUGAUAUAAUGUGAUAAUGAUUACAUAAAUUAUAUGAUCUACAGUACAUAGUCUACGUAUUGUGGAAUGUAAACAAACAACAGUGGGUGGGGCGGCGGCUGCCGUAUGUCGGCUGUUAUGACGUCACUGUCGCAAACAAUUUCUGUCGUGAAACCUGGCCGCCCCCUAAUGAUGGCGGCGGAGCUACAUCCGCGGAGCGGAAAGCUGAUCGGCCUGUCGAACUCCAACCGAACCGCCCGGCGCAACCAACCAGUCCAAGAGUUCAACCAUGGCCUGGUGCUAAGCAAGGAGCCGCUGAGGGACCGGGAUGUAUUCACUGUCCGCAUCGAUAAGAAGGUGAACUUGUGGAGCGGUUCCAUUGAGAUCGGAGUCACCACACUGGACCCUGCCCUGCUGGACUUCCCUAGCAGUGCCACGGGCCUGAAGGGCGGCUCGUGGAUUGUGUCUGGCUGCUCCGUGCUCCGGGACGGCCGUUCAGUGCUGGAGGAGUACGGCCGCGACCUGGAUCAGCUGUCAGAGGGCGACCGUGUGGGCAUUCAGCGCAGCUCCCACGGAGAGCUCCACCUAUGGGUCAACGGCCAGGACUGUGGUGCGGCCGCCAGCGGCUUGCCUUCCAAACUGUGGGCCGUGGUUGACCUGUACGGAAAGUGCACGCAGGUGACGGUGGUGAGUUGUGAGCCGCCGUCGCCCUCCACCGAGAGAGGGACAGUAGUUCGGGAUGAAGCGGAUGAGGAAGAAGAAGAAGAAGAGGAGGAGGAGGUGCGAGAGGAUGCGGGCAUCACGGCAUUGAUGAGUGUAGCAGCAAUGAAUGGAGUCAUGACGGGAGAUGAAGUGCCUGAGCUUAGUUGCAGCAGACCAGACAAGUUCCCCAACAACCUGGAGCCAGAAGCAGUUCUGACAGAGCACCAGCUCUUUGAUGUCUUCAACAACGCAAUAUCUUUCUACCGUGCCGAGGAUGAAGGCGGAGGUGAUGAUGGCAGUGGGGGCACAGGAGGAGGAGGAGCUACAGGAAACAAUUCCUCCUCCUCUAGAAAUGACACAAGGAGUGGAGGUGGAGGAGGCGCAGUGAGCAAUGACAACGGGACAGAGACACCAACAGGGGGAGGUGGGACUGGAGGAGAUGAUGCCGGGAACACAAACAGCAGCCCCGCUGGUACGGCGGGAGGAGGAACGGGAUCUGGUACUGUGAUGGGUGGCUUGACCACCAACGAUGCCCUCCUCUUCCACGAGAAGUGUGGCACGCUGAUCAAACUGAGCAAUAACAACAAGACGGCGGAGAGGAGGAGACCUCUUGACGAGUUCAACAAUGGCGUGGUUAUGACCAACCGGCCGCUACGACAUAACGAGAUGUUUGAGAUUCGCAUUGACAAACUGGUGGACAAGUGGUCUGGUUCAAUCGAGAUCGGUGUGACCACACACAUCCCAAACAAUCUGGACUACCCUGCCACCAUGACCAAUCUGCGUUCAGGUACAAUCAUGAUGAGUGGCUGUGGAAUACUGACCAAUGGGAAAGGUACCAGGCGGGAAUAUUGCGAGUUUAGCUUGGAUGAACUCCAGGAGGGAGAUCACAUAGGGCUGAUGCGCAAAGCCAGCGGUGCGCUUCACUUCUACAUCAAUGGCAUCGAUCAAGGUGUCGCCGCAGCCCAGACCCCUGGCGUGGUGUAUGGCGUGGUGGACCUUUACGGCAUGGCCGUCAAGGUCACCAUUGUCCACAAUCACAACCACAGCGACCGCCUCCGACGAAACAAUGCCAUUAUGAGGGCCUUGUCACCUGACGUCGGUCGACCCAGGCCCGCCCUCUCUCUCACUCCUGACACGGAGGCACAUGAGCGAUUGCUCUUCCACCCUAACUGUGGCCAGAAAGCUGCCAUCAUCAGUGAUGGCAGGACAGCGCUACGGCCACAUGCCACCGAUGACUUCAAUCAUGGCGUGGUCCUCAGCAGCAGGCCGCUGCGCUCCAAUGAGGUGUUCCAGGUCCGUAUUGACAAGAUGGUGGACAAAUGGGCUGGCUCCAUCGAAAUCGGAGUGACGACACACAACCCCGCCUACCUGCAGCUACCCUCCACCAUGACAAAUUUGCGCUCAGGGACAUGGAUGAUGACAGGGAAUGGCGUGAUGCACAAUGGAACAACAAUACUGGAUGAGUACGGACACAACCUAGACCGCCUCAAAGCAGGGGACACUGUUGGUGUGGUACGCAAAGAAGAUGGCAGCCUCCACUUCUUUGUAAAUGGCGUUGCUCAGGGCCCAGCAGCCUGGAAUGUGCCCCCCAGUGUCUAUGCUGUGGUUGACCUCUAUGGCCAGGCGGCUCAGGCCACUAUUAUGGACGACAUGGUGGAUCUCCCCCCUCUCCCAGAGGACGCCUCAGAAGGCCCUACAGCCAUGUCUCCCGGGAGCCCUUGCUCAGUGGCAGGUGGCAGCACCACUGACCUGCGUUUUCACCAUUUGCACGGCACCAAUGCCAUCAUCACCAAUGGGGGGCGCACUGCUCUGCGACAAAACUGCCGUAGCGAGUUCAACGACGCUAUCGUCAUUUCCAACAGGUGCCUUCGAGAUGGAGAGCUCUUUGAAAUCAUUAUUCAGAAGAUGGUGGACCGCUGGUCCGGUUCAAUAGAAGCAGGUGUGACGGCCAUCAGGCCAGAGGAACUCGAGUUUCCCAACACGAUGACCGACAUUGACUACGACACAUGGAUGCUCAGCGGAACAGCCAUCAUGCAGGAUGGCAACACAAUGCGCAACAACUACGGCUGCGAUCUUGACUCUCUGACCUCGGGCUCACGAAUUGGCAUGAUGCGCUCUGCCGCUGGUGACCUCCAUUAUUACAUCAACGGCGUGGACCAAGGCAUCGCCUGCUCUGGUCUGCCUCAAGAGGUGUUUGCAGUGAUCGACCUGUAUGGUCAGUGUGUUCAGGUGUCCAUCACAAGCUCCUCAGGCCCGCUGGACAACAGUCUUUGCACCAGCAACAUCACAGAGAAGAGCUUCCCGAUCCACUCCCCAGUAGCAGGAGUCGCCCACCGCCUCCACAGUAAACACGGUAAGAAUGUAGUGUUGCUGGGUGAGGGGUGCCAGGCUGUCAGAGCGGGGGGUUACGCUCACGGCAUCGUGUUCAGCGCCAAGGAGCUAAAAGUGGAUGAGCUGUUUGAGGUGAGGAUUGACGAGGUGGACGAGCAGUGGUGCGGUUCACUCCACGUCGGCCUGACCACGCUACCGCCCCCUGAGCUGCCAUCGUGCCCACUCUCCGGUUUCUCCCCCUCCCUCCCACAGCUUCGCGCCAAGGUCACCUGGCUACUCUGUGGCUUGGAGGUCCGCCGUAAUGGUGUGCUGCAACGCCAGAACUACGGCUGCUCACUGGACCGACUGACGGUUGGGAACCGUGUGGGUGUGAAGAGGUGCAGCGAUGACACCAUGCACAUCUUCAUUGAUGGCGAGGACAUGGGACCUGCUGCCACUGCGGUUGCCAAGAACGUGUAUGCGGUCCUAGACCUGUAUGGUCGAAUAACCGCGGUAUCCAUCGUCAGCUCCACCAUGCUUGAAGAUGUGGACAGUGUUAAGGCGGUAUCUCUCUCGUCAGAAAGCUGCAGUGAAGGAGAGGACGACAGCACACCUGUCAGAGAGGCUGAGGGGGAGCCAUGCGCUCUGGUGCCCACCGCCAUGGCCUUCCUGGAGAACCAUGGCAAGAACAUCCAGCUGUCCAACCAGAACCUGACGGCCGCCAGAGUGUCAAGCUACAACCAGGGCCUGCUGGUCACCGCUCAGCCUCUGGCCCAGCAGCAGCUCUUCCAGUUUAAGAUUGACCGCCUCAAUCCGUCCUGGACGUCGUCGCUGGCCUUAGGGGUGAUCGGUCACUCACCAGAUCGCCUUAACUUCCCCUCCACAGCGUGCUGCCUGAAGCGCUCCGCCUGGCUGCUGCAGAGGGACUCCAUCUUCCACAACUCCCUAAAAAUUUGCGAGAACUACGGCCCUAACCUGGACACAUGUCCCGAAGGCACGGUGUUGGGUCUGCUGGUGGAUGCCAACAGUUGUCUCCACCUCUACGUGAACGGCAUGGACCAGGGGGUUGCAGCACAGGACAUUCCCUCCCCCUGCUAUCCUUUCAUCGACCUGUAUGGCCAAUGUGAACAGGUAACCAUCGUGACAAAUAACGUGCCAGCUGUUGGCGGAGAGGGUGGCGACACCCGUUGUCAGGGUGACAUGGAGAAGGCGGACAUGGUUGAUGGCAUCAAAGAGAGCGUGUGCUGGACGCCCCCUCCCGAUGUCAACCCCAACAAGUCGUGUGAGUACCAGGCCUUGUGCGCUCGCUUCAAGGACUUGCUCACUCUACCAGACGGGUACUUCAAUGAAGAUGCAAAGUAUAAUCUGUGCUACUGUGAGUCCUGCCACAAGCUGCGGGGGGAUGAGGCGUAUUACAAGAGAGGAGAGCCUCCCCGCGACUACGCUCUGCCUUUCGGAUGGUGCUGUUUUGCCCUCAGGAUCAAGCCCCACUGUGAGGUCUCUAAUGCACUGAAGAAGUGGCACAUCGCGUACCACGGCACCAGCGUAGGAGCCCUGCGCCGCACGUUGGACCACAGCCAGCUGCUUCCUGGGACGUCGUCCAUCUUCUCUGUGUCUCUGGCGAAAGCAGAGGGACUAGACGGGUACAGUGAUCCAGAGGAGAACAGCGUCCCCGGCAGGGAGGUUCCGAGAGUGCGUCUCUCACCUACCAUGCGUUACUCUGGCCUGGAGAUAUUUGCUCCCAAAGUGCAAUUUCGGGACCCCCGCUCUCACCGCUGCCACCAGGCCCAGGUGGGCUUCCAGGUGUGCGUGCGCCCGGGUUCCUACAAGGCGGGGCCGCAGACGCUGGGCCACAGCGAGCCCCUGGACCCCCGAUUCAGCAACUCUGAGAUUGAGUGGAUGACGAAAGAGCAGGGUGGCACACUCCUCUAUGGCCUGCUUGUGCGGGUCGAGUGACACCUUCCACUUUUGAUAAAGUCACAAAUCCAAGCCCUGCCUUGAGCAACAGACUCCUCUGGGAUCCAACUGGUCCUUAUGAUUGUCCACAGGAUUAUUUUACUGCUUUUAAAGAACAGACACUGCCUGCACUUUAUGUUUCGGACACUCGUGGGCAAUUUUAAACCCGUCAAAAACAGCAACGUGACACAUUUAUUAGUUUCCUGAAGAUUUUUGUCACUCAUUUUAACACCUCAUCUGUUCCCAUGUGUUUUAUUUUUGUAGCACUCGUCCCCUGCCAAGAUGAACUUUAAUGGAUUAUGACUGAAUUGUAAUCCUGUUUUCACACUUGAAUUAGACGAAUUGAUGACUUGUAACUGGAUUGUUUACACAUGUAACAUAUUGCAGUUGUGUUUGUGUGCAAGGCUUCCUGGUCUUUGCUUUCUCCUCACCAAAAAAUCCAGAGAAAGGUGUUUUGAGAGGAUGUCUGGCACCUUUUGGUCCACAUUUACAACCUUCUAGAUCAUUUUUCAGAACUGCAAGGUUUACUACUCCCUUCUUAUGAGAACAAAAAUGUCUUAUGCCCUCAGUGUUAACAUCCAAACAGAAAACUGAGGCGUCGUUCAUGCUGGCGUUUACAUGAGAAUGUUCUUAAUCGGGGCUCUGUGGUUCCUAUCUUGAAACCAUCUAUUUCUGACACAAGUAUCAAUUUAUUCAGCGCACCCAGUGUAAGAUUGAUUGUAACAGCUUGUUCGUUUUUGUUCUCAACGAGCUACGUCUCAUGACACCCUGACGCUUCUCAAGGCACACUUGAUGAGUCAAACUCAAAAUGGAUUCAAGAAUCUCAGUAAUCUUUGAGCUGCUGGCAUCAGAGGAAACUUCCAAUCAAAAAUGUGAAACAUAUUAUAAUGGGUCAUUUAUGGCCCAGUGCUGCUUUGUAAAAUGUUACUUUUUCCCCCUUUUCCUUUCUGUAUGUUGGGUUGUACAUAAAUAUAUUCCUGAUUUAUAAGAAAAUGAAAAUAAACUGACAGUAUGCGCAGAAGGUUUUUUUUUGUUAUAGAAAUGUCAAACAAAAGACCUACAAGGACAUGCUCCUUUUCUGUCAAAUUUUAUUUAGAGUAAGAAACAAAGUCAACUGACAUUUUUUUUUAUUGCAGUACAGUACUUACUUACACAAUCACACCUUUUGUCAAAAUGCUGUUGAUUUCUUACUUAUUAAGGCCAAUAGUGUGUUUUUCUUGGUAGCUUUUCACAGAAAUUAUAGCUGCUGUGGGGGGCAGCUCUGUCCUGCCAUUGAAGAUCAGACAAGCAUGAAGCAACAACGUCAUGACUUUUACAACUUAAAAAAAAACCCAAAUAAAAUACAGUACAUCCCUGGGUUGCAUAGUCUGUUUCAUCAACCUGCCCUCUGCUGUUAAAAGACGAAUUUAUGCACCAAAUUGGACCCUGAGGGUUUUCAUACAGAUGUGAUCACUUUCUACUCAUUUUCUUGACGAGUUACGUUAAAAACUCAUUUUACUCAGAUAAC